GCCAUAAACUCUGCUUAACCAUGGCCGCACCGUACACGGGACCUCUCCAUGUGCUGCAAGAUUCGGGGGUUCCAGGAGAUUGCACAAACUACACUACAGUCGUAAUCGUUCAUGGUUACGCCUGGCACGGUGGUAUCUUCUCGAAGCUCGUACCUUUGGCGGAGUCGCACAGCGUGCGCAUCAUCUUGCUCAAUCGCCGCGACUACACCGGUAGCCUCCCGUACACCGAAGCCGAGCGUGCGCUCCUCACCGUCCUCUCACCGGAGAUAAUGAGCAAUGCCGCUGAGGCAGCAACCGCGAAGAAGAACGCCGCGACCUUCAUGCAGGAUCGCGCGCGGGAACUGUACGACUUUCUGGUUCAGCUCGUGAAGAACAGCAAUCUUCCUCUCCUGGACCGCGGUACGAACAAGGGAGGCAUCGUGCUCGCCGGAUGGUCGUUCGGUACCCUUUGGAUGACCGCCCUCCUUGCCUAUGUUGCAUUAUUCCCUGUCGACGAUGUCAGGUUGAGUGACUAUAUGCGCAGUGUCACGUUUCUCGACCCGCCCUAUCUGGCCUUCGGAUAUCCUCCCCCCGACAACCAGUACAAUCCGCUUUUCGACGCCGAUAUCCCCCUGAAUGACCGGGAGAAAGCGUUCACGAACUGGGUGAGCGGGUACUACGUCCACGGAGACACCCCCGAGACACUAGAACUCAAGACACCGCUCCAAAGCCCUCCGCCUACGCUGUCGACUCUCACGCCUGAGGAGAUCGGGCGUACGCUAUGCCUUCCUCCCGGCGGUCCAGGAGGUUCGGACUCAAUGCUGCUGGACUUGGGCCUCAAGCUUGGACUUUUCUCCUCCUUGAGAGAGGGCGGGCUGUACAUGCCGAAGGAGGGACAAUCGGGAGAUGCCUGGGACAGCGUGGAGGUACGCUAUAUUUCGUGCGAGCGCUCUGUGUGGGAGAUGCCGUGGGGAACCUCGCUCUUGAGGAAAGAGAUGGAGGCGGCGCAAGAACAAAGCCUGCCGAUGCGAACCAUACGGUUCGUGUUUGUCAAGGGUGCAAAUCAUUUCGUACACUGGGAUCAACCCGAGCUGGCUUUACGUGCUCUGAUAGGCGACCGAGAUGUAGUAUCAUAA